AAAUAAGUUCAGAAUCAGAAUCCAAGGCAAAUGGAGCGCAAUUGAAUUCAAAUUAGAACACCCUUGUGGGCCUGUGGCCCUGCCUCCACAGCCUCCACUGCAUCAUCAUCACCGCUAUUUUCGAUCUCCAUCUUCUUCAACGCCAUGGCCAACAAGGACCUCUUCGCCUCCAUCGUCUCCGACAUCAAAACCUACCCCGGCGAAGACCCUCUUCUCCCUUGGAUCCGAGGAAUCCGAAAGUUGAAUCACUCGUUGCCGCCUCAACUUCUGAAGGAAAAGCUCCCCAGGUUUCUUCAGAAAUGCACGCAGACCUUCGAGUCCGAUCGGCGUUACCGAAACGACUCGCGGUACCUUCGCGUUUGGUUACAGUUGAUGGAUUUCGUGGAUGAUCCAAGAGCGCUUUUGAAGGCCAUGGAAUCGAAUGGCAUUGGGACGAAGCACUCUCUGUUCUACCGGGCUUAUGCUCUUUACUAUGAGAAGAAGAAGAAAUUUGAAGACGCUGAGAAGAUGUACUAUUUGGGAAUUCAGAACCUUGCAGAGCCCGUAGACGAGUUACAGCAGUCGUAUGAGCAGUUCCUUAGUCGCAUACAGAGACGCAAGAAUCAAACAACCCAGCGCUUGGAAAAGCUUACAAAAGGUAAGACCGAAGAAAACAAAGAAAAUGAAUGUGGAGUUAUGGGUAGACCGGGAAGUGCAUUGCAUGAUCAAAUGCCUGCUAAUGAGAAACACGCAAGGACUAAUAAAAUAUCAGAGGGAAGUUCUCAGCCGUUAAUUGAAUCUAAUCAUACUGAUGCCUUGGCCCCUAGAAAGAAGCAGCAAGCUACUGCUGAAAGAGCGUCUGAUAAAUCCAAGAUGUUUUGCAGUGAUGAUACAGUAGUGGGGAAAUUUGUGGGCGCUGCUAUUCGAAAAUCUGAAACAGAAGAUGCCUGUCAUCAUGGAUUGCUUGAUCCCACAGUAAACAUGAAAGAGGCCAUGAAUGCCAUAAACAGCAUGUUUAGUGAGCCUUUGGAGGUGGCCCCAGUUGGUAGACGCCGAAAACAACCACAGAAUGAUGGCAAUUCAGACAAUGCAUUCCAGGUAUUCAUUGAUGAAAACUUGGAUGGACUAGUCAAGCCAGCAGACCAAAAGGAUGAGAAGAGUUUUCCACUGCCGCAGCAUAGAGUUGGAAACCAACAGGUUCACCAAGAACCUUUAAGCAUUUUUAUUGAUGAUGAAGAAAAUGAUAGGACUGAAGAUGGAAAUCCUGCAGAAGAUUGCUUUGAGAAGGGUGAUAUUUGCAAUUCUAGGGAAGAUGAUAGAUCUGCUUCACACGGAAAUGUAUUUGUAUUUCCUAGUCCAAAGGAUCUUCCAUCUGAAAGUUCUGAUGAUAUGGGUUUAGAAGUCUCAUCUCGACCAAGGUUUAGAGAGGAUACAGUUGUUCGUCGGUUUGUUGGGUCCACCAUCUUGGACGAGUCUGUAGCGGAAAAUGUUUGCCAUCAUGGCUUGGUAGAGCCCACAAUCAACUUGAAGGAGGCCAUGGAGGAUAUCAAUAACAUGUUUGGGAAGCCAAUAGAUUUUGUAAGGACCAAAAGAUCGAAGAAGCAGGACAAGGCACCUGAUGUGAAAAAUAAUUUUGGUGGGUUUACAAUACUUCCUGAUGAUGAUAUGGAACAUAAACCAGUUAAGUCGAUGCCAAAAGCAUCAGGGAAGUCACGAGGUUGUGACUUGUACGAGCCUACUAUGUUUACCAAGGAGGCUAUUGAUGAUAUUAACAAGAUGUUUGGAAUGCCUUUGGACUUUUAGUAGCGGUAUAUCCAUUUUCCAAGUCUCUUGUUUUGGAAUUUGAUUGUGUUUAAUGAUG